AUGUGGUAUAUCCUCGAGAGCCACAGACUGAUGCUAUUCGCAACGCAGGACAGUACGAUCCUAGCCGUGGCAAUUCCAAGUAUAACUCGGCAUUUUGGAACGACUGAACACAUUGGGUGGUAUCUGUCAAUCUAUCGAAUUACCUCUGGCUCUUUCCAACCCAUGGUCGGCAAACUUUACAGCCUCAUGCCGCCCAAGCUACUGGUUCUGGUCAGUCUGGCGAUAUUCAUCGCCGGAGUUGCCAUCAGUGCUGCCGCUCCCAGUUCUGUUGUAUUUAUUAUUGGCAGGGCUAUCGUGGGCCUUGGGACGGCUGGAGUUACAGCCGGUGUCUUUGCAAUUAUUAUCCAACUGUGUCACUUACGGCGCCGACCAACAUAUGCCAGUAUUGGAGCCGCUACGGAAGCCAUGGCUUCCCUUGCUGCUCCUCUUCUAGGAGGGGUCUUGGUUGACAGUCUGAGCUGGCGUUGGUGUUUCCUUGUAGAAAUACCAGUUCUUACAGCUGGAUUUCUCAUCAUGGUUAUAUUUUUGGAGGUACCAGCGGGCAAAACACUGACAGGAGACCUCAGCCUCCGCAGACUCUCGGAAAAAGCUGACAUAUACGGCACAGCCCUGUUCGUCCCAGCCUUCACUCUAUUAAUCUUGGCCCUCCAGUGGGGUGGCACCAAGUAUCAAUGGUCUGACUGGCGAGUAAUAUUGCCUUUGGUCUUUUGCCUAGUUCUUCUUCUUGUAUUUGCUCUGCUCCAGACUCGGCUUGGGGAUCAAGCCGUCCUACCCCCACGAAUUGUGAAAAGGAGAAACGUUUUGUGUGGAUUUCUCUUUGCUUCCUGCAACAAUGGAGCGUUGUCUAUCAUCGAAUACUACAUGCCCACGUACUUCCAAGUUGUCCAUCGGGUUUCUGCAACUACCUCAGGCCUACUAGUACUGCCGUCGGGUGCCGGACUCGUGCUCUUUGUCCCCUUGGCUGGAGCUCUGACGUCGCAUUGCGGUUACCCCAACCCUUUCAUGCUUCUGAAUGGUCUUCUCCUCCCCGUGGCAACGGGAUUACUUACGACUGUGAGUAAAUAUCCCGAGACUUGGAAGCUGCUAGUCUACCAAGCACUCCUUGGCUCCAGCGUGGGGAUUGGCUUUCAAGGUCCUCAAGUAGCUGUGCAGGCGAUCUUGUCUGAUGAUGACGCGCAAAUUGGCAUUUCAAUCAUACAACUCGCUCAGGCAAUGGGGCCCGCAGUAUUUGUCGCCUCAGCUCAAACGAUCCUUAAGACACAUUUGCCCUCCGAGAUGGCAGAUUGCAUUUCAAGACCUGCCCCGACCGAAGAGCCUUCCGUUAUCAACGGACUCGACCAGUGUGCGGAAGAUGGUGUCGUCACGAGCCAUUAUGGGAAUGUAUUGAGCAAAUGCUUCUACCUUUCCUGUGGGCUCUCGGUCAUGGCUUUGAUUGGGUCUUUAAGUAUGAGUUGGCAUUCCAUCAAGGACAAGAAGAAGCACCAGGAAGACGACUUACAGGUCGAGAAUGUACCCGACUUAUGUCUCUCAUCACUUCCUUCCAGUGGCUUGACAAGCCCACAAUGA